AUGGAUCUGAAAGGACGGGAAGAGAUGGGAGGGGUGGUGGGGAUGCAUAAGAAGGGGCAGAUGGUGCCCUUGGGUAGCUGUCUGGCCUCAGAGUUGUCUUUCCUGCUGGAGCCCAGUGAUGUGAUAGCAGUGAGGGAACGCCCGCUCAUGCUGGACUGUCUAGUACAGGGCGAGGAACCGAUCAUGGUUACGUGGCGUAAAAACGGGGUGCCUUUACCCACCAGCCCGCGGGUUCGGGUGCUGGCAAAUGGCACGCUGUUCAUCCAGAGCUUCCAGAAACGCAGACAAGGGAGUGACGCAGAUAUGGGCGAGUACGACUGUGCUGCCCAAAAUCGCUAUGGCAUGCUGGUCAGCCGCAAGGCCAAAGUCCUUUUGGCAUCUCUUCCUAAGUUCCACACCCACCCAGUGUCCAUGUCUGUGGAUGAGGGAGGCGUCGCUCGCUUCCAGUGUCAGAUCAACGGUGUACCUGAGGCCAACAUCACCUGGGAGAGAGACAGAGUACCACUCAAUACCACCGACACCAGGUACACUCUCCUGCCAAUGGGUAUUCUCCAGGUGACGGGCGUAAGGCAGGUGGAUGCUGGGAUUUUCCGCUGCGUUGCCACCAACAUUGCCAACACUCGCUACAGCCAUGAGGCCAUGCUCAACAUCACUGGUGGAGCUCCUAGAAUCUACAAGGAGCCGGUCAUCCUGUCGGGACCCCAGAAUCUGACCAUCACUGUCCAUCAGACGGCCAUCUUGGAGUGCAUCGCCACAGGAAACCCAAGACCUAUUGUUUCCUGGAGCAGGCUAGACGGACGCUCCAUCGGGGUGGAAGGUAUCCAGGUUCUGGGGACGGGGAACCUGAUGAUCUCAGAUGUUUCCCUGCAGCACUCUGGCGUGUAUGUGUGUGCUGCCAAUCGGCCCGGCACCAGAAUGAGACGUACCGCGCUGGGACGACUCGUGGUUCAAGCUCCUCCUGAGUUCCUACAGUGGCCGCAGUCUGUGUCUAAACCAGCAGGGGGCAGUGCAGUGUUCACCUGUGUGGCCCAGGGUGUUCCAGAGCCUCACCUUAUCUGGCUGAAGAACGGCAAGGUCCUGAUGCCUGGACACAACGUCAAGCUGACUAAUAACAACAGCACUCUGGCUCUGACCCGUAUCAGCUCAGAGGAUGAGGCCAUCUACCAGUGCAUCGCAGAGAACAGCGCAGGCACCAACCAGGCCAGCGCCCGUCUGGCCGUGGCCCAGCCUAAAGACCUGCCCAGCGCCCCUGAGGGCCUCACAGCCAGCGCGCUGUCCACCAACGCCCUGCAGAUCACAUGGACUGAGCCACCCUCCAAUGUCACUGACAACAUCAUCGGAUAUGUCCUGCACAUCCGCAAAAUAGGAGAGCCUGACAGUCUGGAGCUGCAGGAGGCCAUCAGUAAAGGCACCUUCCAACACGAUGUGACCAACCUGGAACCAGCCACCACCUACUCUCUCUACCUUAAGGCCUACUCUCCUCUGGGAGCAAGCCAGCAGUCCCACACUGUGGUGGCGACAACACUGGGGGGCGUGCCAACCCCUCCCACCUUCUUCACCAAGGUGGUGAACUCCAGCAGCGUGCAGGUCCUCUGGGAGCUCCCCAGUAAAGCUGGCAAGACUGAGGGCUUCAGGCUGUCUUACCGCAGGGUCCCCCAGGCUGUGUUCCAGGGGCCAGUCCAGCUGCCCUACCACAUCAAUGCCCACACCAUCUCUAAACUGGAACCGGGUGCAGUGUAUGAAGUCAAACUGGUGGCUUACAAUGGAAAUGGGGAGAGCGACUGCUCUAAGAGACUGGUGUCACUGGCAGAGGAGGGCAAGGGUGACCCGACCACUGGAGGGAACAGUCUGUGUCAGUGCAGGGAUGGAGAGGCCUCUCUGGGCAGCAUUGUCAUUGGCAUCCAUAUUGGUACCGCCUGCAUCAUCUUCUGUGUUCUCUUCCUCAUGUUUGGGUACCGUCGCAGUCUGUUUUGCAGUAGAGGGACUCAGGACAACUGGUCUGUACCGAGGGACAACGCAGGACACAACGGCAUCCCUAAAGAUGGAGCAGUGCCUGAGGUGGUCCGUCCAGCGCAGUGCCAGGUUGUCAUUGAGCAGCACUUGCCGGGUUUGCCUGGCACGGGCACUGGCUAA